AGUCUACCUAUCUUGGUACCUCAUCGCACACCAUACAUCCCACAAUGCCUUUCGUUAUACUACAUUUCCAAUUGUUGACAACCCAGUGGCUAGCGCAACUCCAAGGUAACAACAACAACCACUGUUCUGAGUGUGGUGAUUAGAAUCGACAAACAUGGUUAACGUACUGAAAGGGGUUCUUGUCGAAUGUGACCCUGCCAUGAAACAGUUCCUCUUGUACCUGGAUGAGACGUCUGCCUUGGGGAAGAAGUUCAUCAUCCAGGACCUUGAUGACACACACGUCUUUAUUCUGGCUGAAGUGGUCCAGAUACUCCAGGAAAGAGUUGGGGAGCUGAUGGAUCAGAAUUCGUUCCCCAUCACUCAGAAAUAAAGAAAAUGCUUUAACAAUGUAAUGGGAUGUUCUUUACCAACAGUGUCCAGUCGCCGUUUAGGGAUUUCUGUUUAAUUGAAACACUGUAUGAUAUGCUCAUGGUUUGCUUUUAUUCUGCAGCCUGUAGUAUUGAAAGUUUGUGUCUGCCAUUCUAGUGAUUUGCCUGCAGCUUAUUCAGUUACAUUUUUUUUAAUGAAAAACCGUGUUUCCCAUUAAAACAUCUCAUUUGAGUUUUUGUAUAUUUUCACACAUUACAAUGAAAACUAGACUACACCUGUUUCAGCCCAUAUUAUUUAUUUCACCUGUUUCUUUUCUUUGCAUACAAUGUUAUUUAAUGUAUAUUCAUAUCUUUUGGAUGACAUAAUAAAU